AAUGGUUAUAAAGGUUCAUAAUUUCUUGUUUUAUUUUCCAACAUGGAAGAAAAAUGAGUGGGUAUCUUCACUUUUAUUCUGUCUUAAUUGGUUUUUAAUCAGGCAUCACUUUUAUGUUCACAUUUUUGUGGGAUUAUAAUCACUUCGACCCGGUGACCUCUGACCUUACACCCCUAUUUAUCACAUUGGCAUGUCCCAUUUAGCUGGAGUACUGAAACAUAUCAGUGAUGUUUUGAAGUGUAGAAGAACGGGAAGCUGUGCUGAAUUUUACAUGAUUUUAUACUGUUUCUACGUCUUAGAGAGGGAAAUUACUACGAUCUUAGCACAAGGAGGUACAGAGGCAUCAUUGGGUUGUGUAUGUUGUAAAAAUCGGUGUCGGAUUUAAACAGGAAAGGGUGCAGAUCUCGCGUGGAGUGUAAGCACUAGGUUGGGCAGAUCACUGGCACCAGUGGUAAUCUUGAGUCUGAAAAUAGCGGCAAUAUAUUAAGGAUCACAACGAAAGAGGAGUAUACGGCAGAAACGAGAAGGAGGAAUAUAAUGCGCCAGAAUCAACUUCAUCAUUUGUGAUGUCAAGCACUGCAUGUUUCGCUCAAAGCGAACAUCGCUCCUGAAGCGUCUGUGGAAACAACGGGUAACAGAACAUGAAGCCUCGUGUCCGUCUCAAAGUAGUCAGGAUAUAGAUCUGAAAAGUGUAUUGAAUUCAAUGUUAAAACGACUUAAAGAAGGCCAGUUAGAGGUCCUUUCACAGGCCGUAGAAACGAAGGGGGCGGACAAGACGCCGUGUGUGCUACUCCCAAAGGAGGAUAUUCGGUCGGGGCGCCUCACCGCCCCCCCUCACUUCUUAUGUUGUCAGGUAUGGCGGUGGCCGGAUCUCGAUCCGAGCCAACAGUUAAAGAAAUUGCCGUGCUGCACCGCGGGGGAUCAGACGCAAGUCUGUUGCAAUCCGUACCACUGGAGUCGGCUCUAUGCACCAGACUGCCCUCCUCCAUCGUACACAGAAGCACUUCAAGAACGGGUAAAGCCACUAGAAGACCCAGAGGCUUCAGUGGUGUCUACAGAAACAGGAGGUACUCCAUCAGAACUCAGGCUAACUUACAUUACAGGGGACACACUCUCCAGUGGUGGACAUGGGAUGCACUGGUGCCAUAUAGCCUACUGGGAGCUGCGGCAAAGAGUUGGUCGCCUCUUUUCCGUUUUCAAGGAAACUGUGAACAUAUUUCAAGAACUACCUCAUGGGGAUGGAAUGUGCCUAGGGGUCUUACAGCGUGAGACUCCUGCUUCGGAUUCAGUGAAAAGAACUCGAAACAAAGUGGGCAUUGGUGUGACAUUGAGUAAAGAGGGGGACGGAGUGUGGUUGUACAAUCGCUCUGAAUACCCAGUGUUUGUCAACUCACCAACGCUGGAUCCUCCCUGUGUGCGGACGUUGAUGGUACAUAAAGUGUUACCUGGAUAUGCUGUGAAAAUGUUUGAUUAUGAUUUAUCGCACCUUUUGGAACAGACUCGACGGCCUACGUCUGAUGGCCCAUACAACCCAAACUCUAUUCAGAUCAGUUUUGCUAAAGGCUGGGGACCGAGUUACUCAAGACAGUUUAUAACUUCAUGUCCGUGUUGGAUAGAAGUUUUAUUAAACGUGAAGAGGUGAUAUGAGGUGUACCUGGGAAUACAACCAGUGAUAUGGUACAUAAUUUGAUGGCAUAUGUAAGGAGAACCCAUAGGAUUUACCAUCUGCAGUCUGAAAAGAAAUAUCACACAGCUUGGAUUUACUAUGACUUGUUGAUGUAUGACUUAUAUCAGCAUUGCAAUUGCAGGGAAAAUAAUCGUAUUGCAUAACAGUGUGGCUUAUGGGUUGUUGCCUACCUCCCACUCCCCACCCUGAAAACAGCCUCUUCCCUGAUCCCACCGAUCCCCCCC